AUGAAGCGUCCAGCGGAUGCUUCAGCUGUCCAAGCUGGCCCAGCCAGUGGCUUGUUGCCCUUUGUCGGGUGCAUGCUGGUGAAUUUCUUGGACAUUGCGAGCUUCUAUUUGUUGUCGCCCUUGCUAACCCCUUAUGGAAAGUUGGUGGGGGCCAGCAAUACUGUGAUUGGUGCCGGGCCGACUGUCUUCAACGCAGGAGCAAUACUAUCUGUGAUGCUUCUCCCUCGGCUGGCAAGCAAAAAAGGAACUAAGGUCUGUCUUUUGCUGUCAGUGGCAGGUUCUGGUGCUGGCUACGUCAUCCAAGCGGCUGCCAGCCUGUUCCGAGGUAUUCCAGGAAGCCUGCCAAGCAGCGGCGUGUACGCCAUGUUUGCAGGUUUGGCCGUUACGGGGCUCUUCAGCAGCACCCGUCCCGUCCUCUAUGCUUUCAUCUCAGAGGCCACGAAGCAGAACCCGAAGCUACUCAGGGCGCGGAUGGGAUGUUUCUUUGGAUCCUACCAAGGUGGUGCAGCAAUGGCAGUCAUUGCUGGCCUAGCAGCUCAGCCAGGCAUCGCAAUUCCAUUUUGGCUGUCUGCAGCAUUUAGCGGGGUGACGGUAGUCUUCCUGGCGAUCUUUUUCAAGAACGUCAUGAUUGAAGAUGCUGGGAUUGUGGCAACCGCCUCCAGAGCCUCCAAACUCCGCGAAACAGGCGCGGGCGAGAUGCUUCCACCAAGCAGCCAAGAGCCGACAAAGGACCCUCUCUUGCUGAUGGGCUUUCUAGGCUCGGUCUUCCUCUACGCAUCAGUGACAGUCCUGGUCCCACUUCUCCAGUUGCUGCUCUGGCUUCCAGAGUUUGGUUUGAAUAGUGGUUCUGGGGAGGAAAUGAAAUCCAGAAGAGAAUCACUCUGGCGAUGUCCGUCAUCAUGGUCCCCUACGGAGUUACCAAUGCCGUUGUCAUGUUCCUCUACGAGAAGAUCUCAGCUAGGACAGGGGAUUUGGGUUUGA